AUGUCAUACUAUAACAGAUAUAGAAACAAGAGAAGACAAGAUGGAUCUCAAGGGAGCGGGCCCAACAAUGGCAAUAAUAUGCCAGGUGGGAAUGGUCCACCAACUGGUGCAAGUGAUGCUAUAUUUGAUCUUGGUAAAAAUAAACGUGUUACGGUAAGACAAUUUAGAAAUAUUAAUUUGAUUGAUAUUAGGGAAUAUUAUUUGGAUUCUUCAAGUGGUGAAAUGAAACCAGGGAAGAAGGGGAUCUCUUUGACUGAAGAUUUAUAUGAUGAAUUGUUGAAACAUAGAUUGAAUAUAGAUGAGGCUUUGAGAAGGUUUGGCUCUAAAAGACCAAGAACUAAAACUGUUAGGGUGUUGUCUGAUGAUGAAGAUGAGGAGGAUAAUGAUAAUAACGCCAGUAAUAAUAAUACUGCUAAUGUUGAUAGUAAAACCAAUGAACAAAAGGAUGGAAGUAAAGAAAAACAAACUAAAGACGGUGAUAGUAAGGAUCGAAAGAGGGAAAAGAAUAAAGAUAGUAAUAAAAAUAAAUAUGAAGAUUAUUCAGAUUCUGAACCAAAGGCAAAGAGGAAGAAACCUGCUCCACCUACUUUGUUACCUCAUGAAGAAAAUAGAGAAAAUGCUAAACGUGAAGCCAACGCUACUUUAAUUACCCCAGGUGUUGGUAAAGCCGCAGCAUUACUCGAAAGUAACAAGAAAGCUGAAGAAGCUGAAACAAAUGCAGCUGCUGCAUUGAAGGAAGAAUCAGAAAAACAAGUUGUAGUUGAGAAAGAGAACUUAACACCUAUAAAUAUUAAUGACGCAGCAAUUGCUGCCAGUGGCGAUUCAAGUGACGAAGAAUUCGCUCAAAGCUUAGAAGCAGAAAUGAAUAGAGCCGAUGAUGAUAUUAGUGAAGAAGAAUGA